UAAAACAAGAAAUGUGGGUUACUAUACUAUUGAAUUAAUUUGUAGAUAGUUUAUAAAUUCAAUGACUAUACUUGUGACUGCAACUUGACACGUUUCACAACCACCAUCGAUUUUGCCGCCAAUUGCACAAUCAUGAAUCAUUUGUUUGUUUUUGACACUUUAAAUGACAACCACGCUGUGCUAUUUGUUUUAUCGAAUUUCGACGGAACUCGUAAUCGGUAAUCACUAAAAAACAGUUGCGUUGCGGGUAUUUCGGUCUGCGAGCAUUUUGAUAACGCUUUCAAUUUAUUAAGUAUGUAGAUUAAGGUUCCGAAAUACAACCUAGAGUGCAUCAUGUCUCCCACAAAAGUCAUUUUGUUAGCUUGUGGUUCAUUUAGUCCACCUACCAACAUGCAUAUGAGAAUGUUUGAAAUUGCUCGCGAUCACUUACAUCGACUAGGAAAUCAUAUUGUAAUCGGUGGAUUGAUCUCACCUGUCCACGAUGCGUACGGCAAAAAGGAUUUGGUGCCCUCCACCCAUCGCCUGGCAAUGAUUAAACUUGCCCUACACAAUUCCGACUGGAUUAAGGUUUCUGACUGGGAGUGCAAUCAGGAAACCUGGACACGGACAAACCAAACGUUACAGUAUCAUCAGAAUAAAAUAAACUCUUUGAUUAAUCAUUCUAAUAAUUACGACUACGACAUAAACGAGGAGGAUUGUAGAUGGAUACCGGAUAAUAUGAGGAAUAAUAAUAGUCCAGUUCAAAUCAAAUUGCUGUGCGGUGCUGACCUUUUAGAAUCUUUUGGUACUCCUGGCCUGUGGGCGGAUGAAGAUAUUGAGUCUAUAGUCGGACAACAUGGCUUAGUAGUAAUCACAAGAGAAAACACAGAUCCUUUAAAAUUCAUUUACAAUUCGGAUAUAUUAACAAAACUAAUGCGGAACAUAAUAAUUGUGACAGAAUGGAUUCGACAAGACAUCAGCUCCACCAAAAUAAGGCGGGCGCUACGACGAGCCGAGUCUGUUAAAUAUCUAUUGGCGGAUAAAGUUAUAGAGUAUAUUUAUGAACAGUCCUUAUACGGAACAAGAGAAACUAAGUAUUUAUUAGCACCUACACCAUUUUUGACACCUUCUCCUUCCGACAUUACCAUGGAGUCUCCAAGUCCAACUCGCAAUCCCUGUUUCAAUGUGUGUAAUAAUACCAUCAUACCAAUAUCGUCGUACAACAAUAACUCAAUGUUAAACAAUCGUACGGCUAAGAUGAAUCACGCUAACGUAAUCAAACAUCCCGGUCAGGCUAUAAAAAUUAUUACAGAAAGUACUGGUGAGCACAAACUUGUCAAGGACGAAAACGGCGACACGAAGCAGGUAUGUAAGAAAGAUGGUCAUAGCAAUACGAUCGAAAAGCAACCGAUAAGAAAUGCCGUUGAUAAUCCCUCGAAAGUUAUUUUUACUAAGUUCGGAAUACAUAUUAUAAGUGACGUUGAAACAAUGGUGUAGUAAGUAGCAGUAGCCUAAAAUAUAUAUGUAACAAAUACCUUGUAAUGGUCUUCCAUAUAUCAUUGCCACAUUUUAUAGGCUCAAUAAAAAUCCAGAACUGUAAAUUUCUUGCUUAUUAGACAUUUUACAGGGCAGAACAUGGGAAGAUCUACAAAUAAGUGAGAGACGUCCAUAAUUACUGAAUACUAUUCACUCCAUUGGGUUCAGUCUUGUAAUUUUGUCUAUUGAUAUUCUCAUUCUAAAGUCAUUGUGAAAAAUUAUAGAUACAUAUUAUUGUCGUUACAGCUCAUCUAAUCCGGUGCAUGUUAGUUGAGUACCCUAGUCAGUUUCAUAAUUAAUGAUUUAGAGUAGCUUUUCUUUGUAGGAUAUCUAUAUCUAAUUGAGCCUGCAUGCAUCUAAUAUUUCUGUGACUCUCCAAUUUUGAGCCAUGUUAUUUUUGCUCCGGUCAGUGAAUGCUGUGAAAAUAACAUAUCGCAUUUUGGACACCUCAAAGUUGCAAGUAAAAAUAGAACUGCUCGAGGUGUGUCCGAAAGAUCAUAGUAGAUUCAAGCAUAAGAGAAAGUCUGUCACUUCCCGUUUUUUCCAAUUUCAUUAAUAUCUGUUGUGAGCAGUAAAAUGUCGACAACGAACCAAAAGCUGC